ACAUUACAUAACAAUUUAUAUUUAAAAGAGAACCGUAGAUAAAAUAUGUUUAAAGAGAUUCACUAGUUAAAAUAUUAUGUGCCGACUGGCAUGAUGUCAUCGAUACGCGACGACUAGAGAAUGAAGUUUGUUGUCAAGUUGGACGUUUUUCUGGAUAAGAGAUGACUUCCAUUAAAAGGCGUUAAAAACCCAUUUUGGGUUUGAUAAGUUCCGAUCCCAGAAGCAGGAGGACGUUGUUAAAGCAGUUGUUAAAGGUGACCGGGAUGUUUUUGUGUGCAUGCCCACCGGGGCAGGGAAGUCCCUCUGCUACCAGCUUCCCGCAGUGUUGGCUAAGGGUAUUACCUUGGUCAUAUCCCCUCUUAUCGCUCUCAUCCAGGACCAAGUGGACCACCUAAGGGACCUGAACAUUCCUGCAUGCUCCAUCAACUCCAAGCUCCCUGCAGGGGAGCGCCGUCUGAUCCUGGCCGAUCUGGAGAGUGAGAGCCCCAGGUUGAAGCUGCUUUACAUCACCCCAGAGAUGGUGGCCUCCUCUGCCUUCCAGCCCUGCCUUACAGGCCUACUCUCCCGGAGCCUCCUCUCCUACCUGGCUGUGGACGAGGCUCACUGUGUCUCCCAGUGGGGGCAUGACUUCAGACCAGACUACCUCAAACUGGGCAGUCUGCGUGCCCGUCUUCCCGGGAUACCCUGCGUGGCGCUGACGGCCACGGCACCCCAGAAGGUGCAGGAGGACAUAGCAAAGUCCCUGAGGCUGCGAUCACCGCUGUCCUUUGCCACACCUGUGUUUCGCAGUAACCUGCAUUAUGAGGUGGUGUACAGGGAGCUACUAGAGGACCCCUACAAGCACCUACAUGCCUUCAUCAGGGAGGCCCUGACCCUGGGGGAAGGCCCCAAAGGACAGGGUUGUGGAAUUGUGUACUGUCGGACCAGAGAUGGCUGUGAGACGGUGGCUUACCAACUGACUAAGCUGGGAGUCCUGGCCAAGCCUUACCAUGCAGGGUUGAAGGCAGGAGAUCGCACAGAGGCUCAGACUGAUUGGAUGCAGGGUAAGGUGCUUGUCAUUGUGGCCACCAUCAGCUUUGGCAUGGGGGUGGACAAAUCUAAUGUCAGGUUUGUGGCCCAUUGGAACCUUGCCAAGUCACUAGCCAGUUACUACCAGGAAUCUGGGCGUGCGGGGCGAGACGGCCUGCCCUCUUCCUGCAGGACGUACUACUCCAAGGACAGGGAGCAGUUGAACUUCCUCAUCCGCAAGGAGGUGGCCCGCAAACAGGCAAAGCGUGGCUCCGAGAAAGAUCAGGACAAGGCUUCCAUCACAGACUUCGAGGCCAUGGUGUCAUUCUGUGAGCAAGAGGGUAUGGGACUGGAUCUCUAAUGCAGCAGUGGAGAUUUCCCUUGACCUGGACACAGCCAACCCUGACCUGCUGAUCUCCAAUGACGAAGAAGAUGCGCU